UCGACCGCUCUACCGAUCUCUUUCCGCGAAUUCUGUAUAUCCAGGGCGCAAUUGUACCCUUUUCCUUUUCUUUUACGCGGGCCUGAAAUCCUACCAUCGGAUAUCAUGGGGUGUCUACCUGUCUGGGCCCUACAUCGAGACAUGUUAGGAAUUUUGCAUUGGAUAAUCUCUGGAGGGAAAGGAAGCCCUCUACUUGUGUAUAUAUACGAUUACCGGGAAUAUGUUGGAACCCGGCUGGCUCUAUUGUGUGUAUCUGGUGGAUUUUGGGCAAGUCUCUACCCAGGCUCAGGCUUCGGGCUGCAUUUUUCUCCCUCUGCGCUUUGUGUAAUAAGGAGGGAAAAUGUUUGAGAGAAAAGCAUUUUGUAGAUAGAGCAUGUGCGGAAAUAAAUAAAUGCAAGAGACGUAUCCUUUG